AUGAUGGCGGUCGAGACCUACCGGGCCCCUCCCCGCCGGGAGGUCGAUGAGGGGGGACCCACCGAAGCAUGCACUCUGACCGCGCUCCCCAUGGACGCCAUGUCCCGCAUCGCCGGCAGUCUCUCCCUGGCAGACGCCGGCAAGCUGGCCCAGACCUGCACCACCCUCCGCGCCUGCGUGGAGUCCCCGGUCCUCCGGGGCGAGCUGCUGGACCGCUGGGUCUCCUGCCAGCCGCGCGAUGCGGGGUGCACCAAGGACCUCCUGCGCAACCUGGCGGGGCCCAGGGGCGACCUGGCCCUGUUGCACCGCCUGUCUGCCUGGCCGGCGGGGCUCUGGGUCGCCCAGUCUGGCGACCAGGUGGUGGAGAGCUGCCGGCUGCUGCCCCUGUGGAACCAGCUGGAGGUGGGGUCGUACUCCCCACCCGACUCCGGCGCGCCCCGCUGGCGCUGGCUCCGCAGCCAGCAGAAGUCGCCCAGCCUGGCCCGCAUCCGCCCCAGCGGCCUCUCCCUCGACAUGGUCGCGCGCUGGCCCUGGUUCCAGACCGGGUUCAACCCACUCAUGGGGGAGCACGGCCGCCGGGUGGCCUUCCACCGGGUCGCCACCCACCCCGUGUCGGCACGGGACCUGGGGCUGGGCCCGCGCUUUCCUCCUCCGCCGGACGCCAUCGCACGCAUGCAGGGUCUAGUGACGGGGGCCUACUCCACGCAUGGGACCGAGGUCCUGAGCCUGCGGCUGUGCGGGCCCAGCUCCGCACCCCCCUCUGAUUCGGGUGUCACCGGCGUGAGGCUGGAGGCCCUCAAGCUCAUCGGCGACGUGAAUGUGCCUGGCGGACAGCUGUCCUUCGUGGUGGAUGCCGAGUCGGGCGUCGCUGGGCCGACGCGGCACAGCCGCCUGCACGACUUUGCGGCCGAGGACUCCCGGCCCAUCUACUCCUUCGCCGACGGGCGGUCGGCUGUGGUGGACGUCGAGCGGCUCCCCAUCUGCGCCCAGUUCCGGGCUCUGGGUCAGAUCAACGAGUUUGAGGGUGUGCUGGUGGAGGUGGAGGGGAGGGGGGGCCUCUGGCAGCCAGAGUGGGUGCCAGCGGUGUUUGUUGUCUACUCCCAAGCCCAGCCACAUCCAGCGGGGCACUCCUGCGCCAUCGUGUUCUGCGAUGAGGAUCGACCGUACCGCCACAUCAUUGAGUUCACGCCCCUGCCGAAUGAUCUGCUGGCCACCUUGAAUUCAGAGCGGGACGGCGACUCCCAGCCAGCAGCCGCUCCAAGAAGCGCCGAGCCUCUGAACAGGGUACAAGCAGAGCACUGA